CAAAACCUAGUGAGUCGGUGCUGUGAACUCGCACUCAAAACCGCCUCGCCACACAUUUAUAUCUUCCUUGAUCUAUUCAUUCCUCCCUCAAAUCACAAAUCAGAGUCGCCGUCAAAGAAUUUGAUAUCCAACUACGGGUUUUGUGAACCAGGCUACUUGUUCGUUUAUCUUAAGGUUUUCAUAUAUGCUAUCUCGUGGGUUUAUUGAAUCUGAAAGCGGUUGAUUAAGAUGGCAAAUUUGGGCGGUGGUGCCGAGGCACAUGCCCGAUUCAAACAGUAUGAGUACCGAGCUAACUCCAGUCUUGUGUUGACAACGGAUUCUCGCCCGCGUGAUACUCACGAGCCCACUGGGGAGCCCGAGUCUUUGUUUGGGAAGAUAGACCCUAGAAAUUUUGGUGACCGUGCUUCUAGAGGAAGGCCGCAGGGUCUCGAUGAAAAACUUAACAAAUCUAAGAAGAAAAAGGAACGUGAACAUUCACUUUCUUCUUCUGAAGCUGCAAAUAAUCGACAGAGCAAAAGACGGCGUCUUCAAGAAGAGAGUGUUCUCACGUCAACAGAAGAAGGUGUUUACCAGCCCAAAACGAAAGAAACUCGAGCUGCAUAUGAGGCUAUGCUUAGUGUGAUCCAGCAGCAGUUGGGUGGUCAGCCGUUGAAUAUUGUUAGUGGUGCUGCUGAUGAGAUUUUGGCUGUGCUUAAGAACGAUACGUUGAAGAAUCCUGACAAAAAGAAGGAUAUAGAGAAGCUGUUGAACCCUAUACCGAACCAGGUUUUUGACCAAUUGGUUUCUAUUGGGAGACUUAUAACAGAUUUUCAGGAUGCAAGUGGUGAUGGGGCUGGGCUUAAUGCUGCAAACGGUGAAGAUGCUCUUGAUGAUGAUGUUGGUGUAGCUGUUGAAUUUGAAGAGAAUGAGGAAGAUGACGAAGAGAGUGAUCUUGAUAUUGUACAAGAAGACGAGGAGGAAGAAGAUGAUGUUUUGGACAGAGACGGGAAUAAUGCUAUGCAAAUGGGUGGUGGUAUGGAUGAUGAAGAUUCACAAGAAGCUAAUGAGGGUAUGACACUUAAUGUUCAAGACAUUGAUGCUUACUGGCUUCAGAGGAAGAUCACCCAAGCUUAUGAACAGCAGAUAGAUCCACAACAGAGCCAGAAGCUUGCUGAAGAGGUGUUAAAGAUUCUUGAAGAGGGUGAUGACCGUGAAGUUGAAACUAAGCUAUUGGUGCAUUUGCAGUUUGAUAAAUUCAGCCUCAUAAAGUAUCUUUUAAGGAACCGAUUGAAGAUUGUGUGGUGUACCCGUUUAGCAAGAGCUGAAGACCAAGAACAGAGGAAACAAAUUGAAGAAGAAAUGAUGGGACGGGGGCCUGAGUUGGUUGCGAUAUUGGAGCAAUUGCAUGCCACGAGGGCAACAGCAAAAGAGAGACAGAAGAACUUGGAGAAAAGUAUAAGGGAAGAAGCAAGGCGGUUGAAAGACGAAAGUGGUGGUGGAGCUGUUGACCGAGAUCGAAGGGAAAUUGUUGAUCGUGAUGCUGAGAAUGGUUGGUUAAAUGGUCAAAGACUGUUGCUUGAUCUUGAGAGCAUUUCAUUUCACCAAGGUGGUCUUUUGAUGGCAAAUAAAAAGUGUGAGCUUCCUGUAGGUUCUUAUAGGAACCACAGUAAAGGAUACGAAGAAGUUCAUGUUCCUGCAUUAAAGCCCAAACCUCUUGCUGCUGAUGAAAAGCUUGUAAAGGUUUCAGCCAUGCCAAGUUGGGCCCAACCGGCUUUUGAAGGAAUGACUCAGUUGAACAGGGUUCAGAGUAGAGUUUAUGAGACUGCUUUGUUCCAAGCAGACAAUCUAUUACUGUGUGCCCCCACUGGAGCUGGGAAAACCAAUGUUGCUAUGCUCACCAUUCUUCAACAGAUUGGUUUGCAUAUGAAUGAAGAUGGUUCGUUUAACCACAGUGAUUACAAGAUAGUCUAUGUGGCCCCAAUGAAAGCUCUGGUGGCUGAAGUGGUAGGGAAUUUGUCUAAUCGUUUGAAGCAUUAUGGCGUGAAUGUGAUGGAGUUGAGUGGGGACCAGUCUUUGACCCGUCAACAGAUUGAAGAUACACAGAUUAUUGUCACCACUCCAGAGAAAUGGGAUAUUAUAACCAGAAAAUCAGGAGACCGUACUUAUACUCAACUCGUGAAGCUUCUGAUUAUUGAUGAAAUCCAUCUCCUGCAUGAUAACAGAGGACCUGUUCUUGAAAGUAUCGUUGCAAGGACUGUUAGACAAAUCGAGACUACAAAAGAACAUAUUCGGUUGGUUGGAUUAUCUGCCACACUCCCGAACUACGACGAUGUGGCGUUAUUUUUGCGAGUUGACUUAAAGAAAGGUCUGUUUCAUUUUGACAAUAGUUACAGACCUUGUCCACUUGCUCAACAGUAUAUUGGAAUCACAGUAAAGAAGCCAUUGCAGAGAUUUCAAUUGAUGAAUGAUAUUUGUUACGAAAAGGUAAUAGGUGUGGCUGGUAAACAUCAGGUGCUUAUAUUUGUCCAUUCAAGGAAAGAAACGACAAAAACUGCUCGUGCAAUUAGAGACACUGCUCUUGCUAAUGACACAUUAGGGAUCUUUUUAAAAGAAGACGGCGCAAGCCGUGAAAUUCUCAAUGAACAUACUGAGCUGGUGAAAAGCAAUGAUCUGAAAGAUCUUUUGCCUUAUGGUUUAGCAAUUCAUAAUGCAGGUAUGGCUAGGGCUGACCGUCAACUUGUUGAGGAAUUAUUUGCUGCUGGACACAUUCAAGUACUGGUUUCAACUGCCACUCUGGCAUGGGGUGUGAACUUGCCAGCUCACACUGUGAUCAUUAAAGGAACCCAGAUUUAUAACCCAGAAAAAGGUGCAUGGACCGAGCUUAGUCCUUUGGAUGUUAUGCAGAUGUUGGGUCGUGCAGGGAGGCCUCAGUUUGACACUGUUGGUGAAGGAAUCAUUAUAACUGGACAUAGUGAGCUGCAAUAUUAUCUUUCACUGAUGAAUCAACAGCUUCCGAUUGAAAGCCAGUUUGUGUCCAAGUUGGCUGAUCAAUUGAAUGCAGAAGUUGUACUUGGAACUGUUCAAAAUGCCAAAGAAGCUCUCAAUUGGCUUAGUUACACUUACUUAUACAUCCGUAUGGUGAGGAAUCCUGAACUUUAUAGUUUAUCUUCUGAUGCUUUGAAGAGAGAUCCGUUACUUGAGGGUAGGAGAGCUGAUCUGGUCCACUCUGCUGCCACAAUACUUGACAAAAACAACUUGGUGGUGUACGAUAGAAAAAGUGGGUAUUUUCAGGUGACUGAUUUGGGUCGAAUUGCAAGUUAUUAUUACAUCACUCAUGGAACUAUUGCCACUUACAACGAGCAUUUGAAGCCUACUAUGAGCGAUAUUGACCUAUGCAGAUUGUUUUCACUCAGUGAGGAGUUCAAAUAUGUGACAGUAAGACAAGAUGAAAAAAUGGAACUUGUAAAGCUUUUGGAUCGUGUUCCUAUUCCAAUCAAGGAAAAUUUGGAAGAGCCCAGUGCAAAAAUUAAUGUUCUACUCCAAGCGUAUAUUUCUCAGCUAAAGCUUGAAGGUCUUUCAUUGACUUCCGACAUGGUCUUCAUAACUCAGAGCGCAGGGCGUUUAAUGCGGGCUCUUUUUGAGAUUGUGUUGAAAAGAGGGUGGGCCCAGUUAGCGGAGAAAGCUUUAAACUUGUGCAAAAUGGUAAAUAAGAGGAUCUGGAGUGUACAAACUCCUCUACGCCAGUUCCAUGGGAUAAAAAACGAUAUAUUAAUGAAACUGGAGAAAAAGGAUUUAGCUUGGGAAAGGUAUUAUGACUUGUCAUCACAGGAGUUAGGAGAGCUUGUACGCGCCCCAAAGUUAGGGAGGACUCUUCACCGAUGCAUACACCAGUUUCCAAAACUUAACCUAGCUGCACAUGUUCAACCAAUCACCAGGACCAUACUAAGGGUUGAACUCACUAUCACUCCAGAUUUUCAGUGGGAAGACAAGAUUCAUGGUUAUGUUGAACCAUUUUGGGUCAUUGUAGAAGAUAACGAUGGGGAAUACAUACUUCAUAACGAGUACUUUUUGCUGAAAAAACAGUACAUUGAUGAGGAUCACACCAUAAGUUUCACCGUCCCGAUAUGUGAACCGGUGCCACCUCAGUACUUUAUUAAGGUUGUCUCAGACAGAUGGCUUGGGUCAUUGUCAGUUUUACCUGUUUCAUUCCGCCACUUAAUUCUACCCGAAAAGUACCCACCACCAACCGAAUUGCUUGAUUUGCAGCCGCUUCCUGUUACCGCUUUGAGAAACCCAUUAUAUGAAGCCCUUUAUCAAGAAUUCAAACACUUUAAUCCCAUUCAAACUCAAGUUUUUACGGUGCUGUAUACCACUGAUGACAACGUGUUAGUUGCUGCACCAACGGGUAGCGGGAAAACAAUAUGCGCAGAAUUUGCCGUUUUAAGAAAUCAUCAGAAAGGGCCUAACGAAGUUAUGCGGGCUGUGUAUAUUGCUCCUGUUGAAGCUCUUGCUAAGGAACGAUACAGUGAAUGGAGCAAGAAAUUUGGAGGUCUGGGGCUGAGGGUCUGUGAGUUAACCGGGGAGACAGCAACCGAUUUGAAAUUACUUGAAAAGGGACAGGUGAUAAUCAGCACACCUGACAAGUGGGAUGCAUUAUCGCGUCGUUGGAAACAACGGAAACAUGUUCAACAAGUCAGUCUUUUUAUUGUUGACGAGUUGCAUUUGAUUGGAGGGCAAAACGGUCCGGUUUUGGAGGUUAUAGUGUCCAGGAUGAGGUACAUUGCAAGCCAGGGUCAUAAUAUUCGAAUAGUGGCGUUAUCGACUUCACUUGCAAAUGCUAAAGAUUUGGGCGAAUGGAUCGGUGCCACGUCACACGGGCUUUUCAAUUUUCCUCCAAGUGUUCGUCCCGUUCCUCUUGAUAUUCAUAUCCACAGCAUAGAUAUAGCUAACUUCGAAGCCCGAAUGCAAGCAAUGAGCAAACCGACUUACACUGCUGUUGUGCAACAUGCCAAGAAUAAAAAACCAGCUAUUGUGUUUGUUCCUACCAGGAAACACACCCGUAUGACAGCUGUUGAUCUGAUGACGUAUUCAAUUGCUGAGAGCAAGUAUCCAGGUGCUGAGAAUCGAGAUACACCUUUGUUCUUACUUCAAGCUGAAGCUGAGUUGGGGCCGUUUAUUGAGCGUAUCCGGGAACCCAUGUUGAAGGAGACGUUGAAAUACGGGGUGGGGUAUCUACAUGAGGGUUUGACCACCACUGACCAAGAUAUUGUCAAGACACUGUUUGAAACUGGUUGUAUUCAAGUGUGUGUAAUGAGUGGAACUAUGUGUUGGGGGGUCUCUCUGCGUGCGCAUUUGGUGGUUAUUAUGGGAACUCAGUAUUACGAUGGGCGCGAAAAUGCCCACACUGAUUAUCCAGUAACUGAUCUUCUUCAGAUGAUGGGCCACGCUAGCCGGCCACUUGUUGAUAAUUCGGGGAAAUGUGUCAUCUUGUGCCAUGCUCCGCGUAAGGAUUAUUAUAGGAAAUUUGUAUAUGAAGCAUUUCCAGUUGAAAGCCAUUUGCAUCAUCAUUUACAUGAUAAUUUGAAUGCUGAGGUGGUGGUUCAAGUGAUUGCAAACAAACAAGACGCUGUGGAUUAUCUGACGUGGACAUUUAUGUACCGGAGGCUGACUCAGAACCCUAAUUACUACAAUCUGCAAGGUGUAAGUCAAAGGCAUUUAUCAGAUCAUCUAUCUGAACUUGUGGAGAACACGUUGAGUGAUUUGGAAUCGAGCAAAUGUGUUGCAAUCGAGGAUGAUUUUCACCUUUCUCCUCUCAAUCUGGGUAUGAUUGCUUCUUAUUAUUACAUCAGUUACACGACAAUUGAACGGUUUAGCUCUUCAGUAACUAGCAAGACAAAGUUGAAGGGUCUUUUGGAGAUUUUAUCUUCAGCUUCUGAGUACGAGUUACUCCCGGUUCGACCUGGCGAGGAGGAAUUGAUCCGAAAGUUGAUUAAUCAUCAACGGUUUUCGUUUGAAAACCCAAAAUAUGGGGACCCACAUGUGAAGGCUAACGUGCUGCUACAAGCUCACUUUUCAAGACAAUUGGUAGGUGGGAAUCUCGGGUCAGAUCAGCACGAAGUGCUACUAUCUGCUGGUAGGCUGCUUCAAGCAAUGGUGGAUGUUAUUUCAAGCAAUGGGUGGCUUAGUUUAGCGUUACUUGCAAUGGAAGUUAGCCAGAUGGUGACACAAGGAAUGUGGGAACGGGAUUCUGUUCUCUUGCAACUGCCUCAUUUCACUAAAGAGUUGGCCAAACGAUGCCAAGACAACCCUGGGAGGAGUAUUGAAACAGUGUUUGAUCUGGUUGAAAUGGAAGAUGACGAGAGGCGGGAAUUGUUACAGAUGUCAGAUUCCCAGUUGAUGGAUAUUGCAAGGUUUUGCAACCGUUUUCCCAAUAUUGAUCUGUCGUAUGAUGUGGUGGACAGUGAGAAUGUGAGGGCAGGGGAAGAUAUAACACUGGUGGUUACACUUGAACGUGACCUUGAGGGUAGGACUGAGGUGGGGCCGGUGGAUGCCCCUAGAUACCCGAAAAGUAAAGAAGAAGGAUGGUGGCUGGUCGUAGGUGAUACGAAAACGAACCAGUUGCUUGCGAUCAAGAGGGUAUCGUUGCAGAGGAAGGCAAAGGUUAAACUUGAUAAUAUUACUGCUCCAAGUGAAGCCGGGAAGAAAAACUUGACUUUGUAUUUCAUGUGUGAUUCUUACAUGGGGUGCGACCAGGAGUAUAGCUUCACUGUUGAUGUUAAACCAAAUGACGACCACGCAAGAGAAUGAUUUCCGGCUGUUGUGCUUACCGGAUGGAGCUGAUGUUAUUCUCGUUCGAAUGAAUUACUAUUUGCUUUAAAGCGUAGAACUUAGCUUUUGGUAUGACUAUUUGCUUUAAAGCGUAAAACUUAGCUUUUGGUGUCUUGAGAAGGAUGUUCCUUUUGGAUUAUUUUUGCUAGAUUAUGGUCUUUCAAGUAUGUGUGUGCUUGUGCC